CUGUCGUGGAGAUAUCAAGGCGACGCUCCUCUUCGGUAGCGAGACACAAGAGAGAACAGAGAGAAGCCGAGAGAACGCACACUUGUACUAAACCGUUUCGUCGUAAUCGCCGCCAACCAACACCGCUAACCACCCUUCCUCCCCAUCGCUCAUCCUUCCUGAGGCUGAGGCGCGGCGACGAGGGCACGACAGCCGGUACCAGCGGUCCACACGAGGUGCAACAAGAUGCCGUCGGUACGAAGCGCGAUUGCACUGGCGUUGGUGCUGUUCCUCUUUGCGGAGUGUUCGCGGGCAAUGCCGGCUGUGGACAAGGAUAAAGACAGGCUUCUGAACACCGUGGACCUGAUGGACGACGACGGUAACAUCGAGACAGCCCUGAUAAAUUACCUCUUCACCAAGCAGAUCGUGAAGCGGCUGCGCAAUCAGCUGGACAUCGGCGAUUUGCAGCGUAAACGCAGCUACUGGAAGCAGUGCGCCUUCAAUGCGGUGUCCUGUUUCGGCAAAUAGGCGCUCGCUCGACGAGGGAAAGAGAAAGAGAAAACGAAAGAGUGUGAGAGAGAGAGAGAGAGAGUGAGUGUGAUGCUAGAAAGAAGAUCAUGUAAGAUGAGAAAGAAACAAAAACCUUCUUCGUCCUAUCGCGAUUCUGUCCGACUUUAGGCAGCUUUUUCAUGCGAUUUUCCAAGUAGCUGCGAAAAUGAUUUCACUUUCGUCCAUGUCCUCGAGUUCUCCGCGGCGAUUUCUCCUCACUGAUAUAAUCUCACGAUGUAAUCUCAUUGUAAAGAAUGAUUGCGAAUGACGAUUGGGUAAUUGGGAGUAAGACGGCGCGUAGGAACGCGGCGAAUAAUAAAUAAUACAACACACUAAAUGAACCUGUCAAACGCGCCUACAUAUCAGAGGACACACGUGCCAAGUCUGAUUAUAUUCCGAUUAUAUUUCUCUCUCUUCUGCCACCACGUUGUACUACUCACCUGUCCUGUACCUUGACUCAUUGUUUGUAACGUCGAUAUGUUCAAUUAAUGUAAUCGUUCGUUGUCGAUGUCUCGCCUAUGUAUGUCAGCGUGCCGUGUCUGUUAAUUAUUAAAAGACCGUAAUU